AUGCCCGUCCCAGACCAGCCUUCGUCAGCCUCGGAGAAGACCAGCUCCUUGAGCCCUGGCCUCACCACCUCCAAUGGGGAUGGCUCGGAAACAGAAACCACCUCUGCCAUCCUUGCCUCGGUUAAAGAACAGGAAUUACAGUUUGAAAGGCUGACCCGAGAACUGGAGGCAGAACGCCAGAUUGUCGCCAGCCAACUGGAGCGAUGCAAGCUUGGAUCGGAGACGGGCAGCAUGAGCAGCGUCAGUUCAGCAGAAGAGCAGUUUCACUGGCAAUCACAAGAUGGUCAAAAAGAUAUCGAAGAUGAGCUCACAACAGGUCUUGAACUGGUGGACUCCUGUAUUAGAUCACUACAGGAAUCAGGAAUACUUGACCCACAAGACUAUUCAACAAGUGAAAGGCCCAGCCUGCUGUCCCAGAGUGCACUUCAGCUCAAUUCCAAACCUGAAGGGUCCUUCCAGUAUCCAGCCAGCUACCAUAGCAACCAGACCCUGGCUCUGGGUGAGACAGCCCCGUCGCAGCUCCCUGCCCGCAGCACACAAGCCCGAGGUGCGGGCCAGAGUUUCAGCCAGGGCACCACGAGCCGCGCGGGGCACCUGGCGGGGCCGGAGCCCGCGCCGCCGCCGCCGCCGCCGCCGCCGCGGGAGCCGUUCGCGCCCAGCCUGGGCAGCGCCUUCCACCUGCCCGACGCGCAGCCCGCCGCCGCCGCCGCCGCCGCGCUCUACUACUCGAGCUCCACGCUGCCCGCGCCCCCGCGCGGGGGCUCCCCGCUGGCCGCGCCCCAGGGCGGCUCGCCCACCAAGCUGCAGCGCGGAGGCUCGGCCCCCGAGGGCGCCGCCUACGCCGCGCCGGCGCGCGGCUCCUCGCCCAAGCAGUCGCCCAGCCGCCUGGCCAAGUCCUACAGCACCAGCUCGCCCAUCAACAUCGUCGUGUCCUCGGCCGGCCUGUCCCCGAUCCGCGUGACCUCGCCCCCCACCGUGCAGUCCACCAUCUCCUCCUCGCCCAUCCACCAGCUGAGCUCCACCAUCGGCACGUACGCCACCCUGUCGCCCACCAAGCGCCUGGUCCACGCGUCCGAGCCGUACGGCAAGCACUCGCAGGAGCUGUAUGCCACGGCCACCCUCCAGAGGCCGGGCAGCCUGGCAGCUGGGUCCCGGGCCUCGUACAGCAGCCAGCACGGCCACCUGGGCCCCGAGCUGCGGGCCCUGCAAUCUCCGGAGCACCACAUCGACCCCAUCUAUGAAGACCGCGUCUAUCAGAAGCCCCCCAUGAGGAGUCUCAGCCAGAGCCAGGGGGACCCUCUGCCGCCAGCACACACGGGCACGUACCGCACGAGCACAGCCCCGUCCUCCCCCGGUGUCGACUCCGUCCCCUUGCAGCGCGCAGGCAGCCAGCACGGCCCGCAGAGCGCCGCCGCAGCCACCUUCCAGAGGGCCAGCUAUGCCGCCGGGCCCGCCUCCAGCUACGCGGACCCCUACCGACAGCUGCAGUACUGCCCUUCCGUCGAGUCUCCGUACAGCAAAUCCGGCCCUGCCCUGCCCCCCGAAGGCACCUUGGCCAGGUCCCCAUCCAUCGACAGCAUUCAGAAAGAUCCCAGAGAAUUUGGAUGGAGAGACCCGGAGCUACCUGAAGUGAUACAGAUGUUGCAACAUCAGUUUCCUUCAGUCCAGUCUAAUGCUGCAGCCUAUUUACAGCACCUCUGUUUUGGAGACAACAAAAUUAAAGCCGAGAUAAGGAGACAAGGGGGCAUCCAGCUCCUGGUGGACUUGCUGGACCAUCGGAUGACUGAAGUCCACCGUAGUGCCUGUGGCGCCUUGAGAAACUUGGUGUACGGGAAGGCCAAUGAUGACAACAAAAUCGCCCUGAAGAACUGUGGCGGGAUCCCAGCCCUGGUGCGGCUGCUCCGCAAGACCACCGACUUGGAGAUCCGGGAGCUGGUCACAGGAGUUCUUUGGAAUCUCUCGUCUUGCGAUGCACUAAAAAUGCCAAUUAUCCAGGACACCCUGGCAGUGCUGACCAACGCGGUGAUUAUCCCACACUCAGGCUGGGAAAACUCACCUCUUCAGGAUGAUCGGAAGAUACAGCUGCAUUCCUCACAAGUGCUGCGAAAUGCCACUGGAUGCCUAAGGAAUGUUAGUUCAGCCGGAGAGGAGGCCCGCAGGAGAAUGCGGGAAUGCGACGGGCUCACGGACGCGCUGCUGUAUGUGAUUCAGUCUGCGCUGGGGAGCAGCGAGAUCGAUAGCAAGACCGUUGAAAACUGUGUGUGCAUUUUAAGGAAUCUUUCGUACCGGCUGGCAGCAGAAACGUCUCAGGGACAGCACAUGGGCACCGAUGAGCUGGACGGGCUGCUCUGCGGUGAGGCCAAUGGCAAAGACGCGGAGAGUUCCGGGUGCUGGGGAAAGAAGAAGAAGAAAAAGAAAUCCCAAGAUCAGUGGGAUGGAGUAGGACCUCUUCCAGACUGUGCAGAACCACCAAAAGGGAUCCAGAUGCUGUGGCACCCAUCCAUAGUCAAACCCUACCUCACACUGCUCUCUGAGUGCUCCAAUGCAGACACGCUGGAAGGGGCGGCGGGCGCCCUGCAGAACUUGGCUGCAGGGAGCUGGAAGGGCUGGGCUGAGGAUGUGGCAGGCAUGGCAUAUGCCCUACGUUCACUGCCAGAGGGGGCUCCCUGCCUGCCACAGUGGUCGGUAUAUAUCCGAGCUGCUGUCCGGAAAGAGAAAGGCCUGCCCAUCCUCGUGGAACUGCUGCGGAUCGACAAUGACCGUGUGGUGUGCGCAGUGGCCACUGCGCUCCGGAACAUGGCCUUGGACGUCAGGAAUAAGGAACUCAUUGGCAAAUACGCCAUGCGAGACCUGGUCCACCGGCUUCCAGGUGGGAACAACAGCAACAAUGCGGCGAGCAAGGCCAUGUCGGACGACACGGUGACGGCCGUGUGCUGCACCCUUCACGAGGUGAUCACCAAGAACAUGGAGAACGCCAAGGCCUUACGGGACGCUGGGGGCAUCGAGAAGUUGGUCGGCAUCUCCAAAAGCAAAGGAGACAAACACUCUCCAAAGGUGGUCAAGGCGGCAUCUCAGGUCCUCAACAGCAUGUGGCAGUACCGAGAUCUGAGGAGUCUCUACAAAAAGGACGGAUGGUCACAGUAUCACUUCGUAGCCUCAUCUUCAACCAUCGAGAGGGAUCGGCAAAGACCCUACUCCUCGUCCCGCACGCCCUCCAUCUCCCCCGUGCGCGUGUCCCCCAACAACCGCUCAGCAAGUGCCCCAGCUUCACCUCGGGAAAUGAUCAGCCUCAAAGAAAGGAAAACAGACUAUGAGUCCACCGGCAGCAACGCCACUUACCACGGAACUAAGGGAGAACACACUUCCAGGAAAGACACCAUGACAGCUCAAACUACUGGAAUUUCAACUUUGUAUAGGAAUUCAUAUGGUGCGCCCGCUGAAGACAUCAAACAUAACCAGGUUUCAGCACAGCCAGCCCCACAGGAGCCCAGCAGAAAAGACUACGAGACCUACCAGCCGUUUCCGAAUUCCACGAGAAACUACGACGAGUCCUUCUUCGAGGACCAGGUCCACCACCGCCCUCCCGCCAGCGAGUACACCAUGCACCUGGGGCUCAAGUCCACUGGCAACUACGUCGACUUCUACUCGGCCGCCCGACCCUACAGCGAACUGAACUAUGAAACGAGCCACUACCCGGCCUCCCCCGACUCCUGGGUGUGA